GUACCAAACUAUACCAGACCCGUUUUUUAUGGUCGGCGGCGCAGAUGCCAUUUCGGGCAAGAUCAAUUUCUGACAAGCAAACUCGUAGGCCAAACUCUACGACAGUUACCGUACUAAUUUAAUUGUGUAUUCUUGGAUAGUCUCUCACAAUUAACUUAACUGGGGUUCACGCCUCUUUCUUGCAUCAACGGGGCUCAGAUGACCAUGCUAAAGUCGCACAAGUUCUUGACUGGUGAUAACUCAAUACCGUAACGCAUACAAUCAAUUAUAACCGACGACGUAGCUCUGUGACAGAGAUCUAUCUCACAGACGCUCUAAGCAACGAUCGUUUACAUUUACAAACAACUUUUUCACUCCCAUUGUUAGGGUCUCUAUCUCUACCAUUUGCGAUUGCGUUAGUUAACUUACGACUUUAUCUCUUUUAUGAAUGUCUGAGUAACAGGUGAUAUUCGUUAAAUGUAUAUAUUUCAGACUCUCAAUAUCUCUGUACGGUAGCACGGUAUUCAUUGCUCAAAUUCUUUCAGUUUUAUAUGACUAAGUGUUUUGACAACAUGACAGCAGAACAACCAAAGCAACCUUCUAUACCCUGCAUGAGAGUCACACAACUUGAUGCUCAAGAUCUGGAUGAGUAUUUAAUUGAUCUCCUUAUGCGGCAGCAAUUGGACAAAUGCAUAAAGUUUCUUUUUCCGGAAAAACUUUCCAAAAUUAAGCCAGAGUUACAAACUGCUCUAUAUAGUUUGUUGAUGUGUUCUACAGUUGGCAGGUUUCAUCAAACAGUUGGACAGAAACUUUUUGGUGUCAUGAUGGCAAAUUCUUGUGAUCUCAGUGUUGCUCCUAACAAAAAAAUUUCGAGUUUGAUUAUACUUGAAAUUUUUUUAUAUUGGUGGAAAACAAGAUACAGAGAUAAUCAUCCUACGAUGAUAUCAAAAUAUCCCAGAAUCUCCAAAUUAUUGGAUAUAUUGAUCAGUUGUAUGAAAGUAUUGGAUAUUAUUAACAUUUUGAGAUUUCUCCGUACUGGAGAAUACAACAGACUUCUCUUAAGAAUUCUUGGUCUAAGAAUAGUAUUUGAUCAUCCAAAUCCAGUUCCAAGUUCAAUUUCAUACACCAUAUUAAGUCGUGAUAUUUUGUGGAGAGGUUUUGCAGAAACUUCCAUGUAUUUUUUGACACUGUUCGAUAUUCCAAGAUUGAAAAAAUUUUUCAGAAGAUAUUUUCAACCAUUGUAUGAAGAAGGAAAUCUUGCUACCCAACCAGACUUGCAAGUGUGUGGAAUUUGUGAAGAUUGGCCUACACAGCCUUAUGAAACUGCAUGUGGUCAUGUAUUCUGCUAUUACUGUGCAUCAACUGCAAUAUCUUCAAAAUCUAAAUGUGUAUUGUGUGAUUCGAUUAUGGAUAAUACAAUAGGUCCAAAAAUAGUGAAUUGAAAAAAUGUAUCUCAAAAUAAUUAAAACUGCUAAGCAACUUGUAAAAGGUCGAGAAUAACGAACAAGGAGAAUAAUUAAGUUGUAAGCGUGAUAUCAAGAAAUAUUCUGGAAUUCCUUGGAAAUUUCUGUCAACUAUGCAAUAAAAUUUCUUUGUUUUUCACACAACUCUAUGUACUAGUUAGUUCAUGAUACAUUUUUUCAUCAUUGAUCUUUCAUGAAAAUAUUUGAACAAAAUCUGUGAAAUA